AUGAAACUUCAAACAGAGGCAACCAAUGUUCUAUCACGAACAUCGGCAUACUUGAAAUCUGGAGUGCUCAAGCAGAAGCCUGUGUGGUUCGACAUUGUGGCCAAGUACCCACCAAGCCAUAAACUUGUGAAGAAACCAUAUAUCCACGAGGCCGAUUCCACUGACCCACGUAACGAUCUCCUUAAACCAAAGAACCAGCAUUUACAAAAACCACAACUUUUCAAAACCCGUCCAGCAUCCAGUGAAGUGGCCAACAAGAACAACCAAAUCCACCGUAUACCAAAAUUGACGUUUCUUGAAGAUGAAUUGAGAAAUUAUUUUUAUUUGCAACAUCCUUGGGAGUUGUCAAGACCAAAAAAUUUGAUUGAGAAUAAUGGUGAUGAAAUCCUGAAGAAAUGUGACUGGAGUCAAAUGUUGCAAUUGCACAAACCUUUGGACGGGGAGUCGGUUAUUCAGCGAGCCGUGUAUCUCUUACACAAUGAUGACAAAGUGAAAGACGUUUUCGAGGCUUACGAUAUAGCAAGGUUUGAGUUUUAUCGUUUACGUAUGGCAGAGGAAAUGGAGAGUCAUAUUGCAAGGGAAGAAAGUACAAUGUACGGCGCUGUUUACGAAUCAACUAAUAUUGAUUGGAACUUGACUACGGAACAGAAAUACAUCGAUGACUGGGUUAAAUUGGCAGCUGAACAAACGCGUGUUUUGGAGGCAAAUUCCAAUAGAUCACAAGCACCAAGUGGCUCCUUGGUAGAGGAAGAAAAAUCGAGAGCAUCGUUGUUUGAGAGUUUGUUGCUGGUUAACAGCGACGUUACCGAUGAGAUCAAAAGAGCUGAAGAGAAUAACUGA